AGUAUGGCCGUUCUUAUGUUCUCGUGCAUUAACCAUCAGACUUGAAAAAAAGCUGUUUGUUUGAAACCUCUAGAAAUGGGAUUUUUUCAAAUACCUCUCCCCCUCACCCCAGCCCCUCCCCAAAAACACAUCCUACAAUACAAAAUGGCUAUUUAAUGAAGAUCUAGAGCCAAGGAUUCCAUAUUCUUGCUAUUGAGCAAAGUUCUUACAACAUGAGGAUCAUUAUUUGUAUUUAUUAUAUUGUUACAUAAACCUCACUUUAACAUAGUGGGUUUUUUCCAUAAUUACUUUGAAUUUAGAAAAUGUUUGCAAGUGUAAUUAUGUUUAUAAGAAAUGGAACUUACAAUACAUAGCUACUUGAUACUUUGAAACUACAUACUUCGACAGAAGCGACAUGAGCUAUUAGAUGUCUUUUCCAUCUGCAGUCAUGGAUGUAUGGAAGGGGGGCUUGGUUGCCCCCAGGGCAUUGUUUUUCCUAAUGCGGGCUCUGCAGGACCUGUCCAAGUUCUGUGGUAGGGGGGGUGGGGGGAGCAGGUCAGGACAUGUUGGUCUGACCCACCAGAGGUUCCCCAGAAAAGACAACUCAGGCCCAGGCUUCCAUAUAUUUUCUGAGGACAGCUGCAGCCAGGGGGAAUCCCUGAUAGUACAGUUCCAGUGGAGCCAUGCUACUGGGGAUAGCUGAAGCCAAGAGCUGGGGGAUAAACACCAAACAUCUGCACAGAUGGCUCCUGUCUUUCCCUGGAUUCCUCAUAGUCCACCCAGUUUGGGAGUGGUGAAAAACUGGGACCUCUCCCCCACAGAAGGAUGUGGGAGACUCUCUGCAAAGACCUCUAGCAGAGAUUUCCCUUCCAGGUUCUCCUCCUGUUUUUUCCACAAGAGGGGACAAUUGGUCCAAAGUUUAGAAAACAAUUCUAGGUUACAUAAAAUGCCUUUUAAUUUCUCUAGUUUUGCCUGAAGAACUUCAAGAUAAUGUUCUCUGUAGCCAUGUACUUAUAUGUACUAUAGAGUUUAACCCAAAACAUAAAAAAGAUUAUUACAAGAGUUCACUAAUUACAAAAUAUGGAAACACUUAGAAUGAGGUUUACAGUGAGAGAAGUGCUAUCUCGCAAUACACUGAGAAAAAAGCAUUAUCCUAAUUUUAUAGGUGAGAAACUGAGGCACAGAGAAGUGAAGUGACUUUCCCCAGGUAUUUCAAACAGUUAGUAUGCUACAGAAAGAAAGGUGGUGUCCAAGUGCACCGUGCAAGGCAGCUACACCCAGAUUGUACAUGCUAUAGAGACUGGAGUUCUGGGGACAUAUAAAGCUAAGUCCUUGGAUAUUCUAAUUAUGAAUACAUAGAUAGACAGGUUUUCUUCACUUUGCUCUCAUUCAUGUUAGAAUUUGUUCCUGAAGUUCAUCAAAACGUGCAGGAUUUGUAUCAAACUAAUGCUGAAGUGGCAUUAGAGAACUAUAUUCCAUUUGAGUGUACACAACCCAAGAAUGUGUAAAAUUACAUAUGGUUAACAUUUUCUUAAAUUCCUAGGAGACACACUUCUAGCAAUUCAAGCACCUUGUGGUACACAAUUAGAAGUACCUAUACCUGAAAUGGGACAAAAUGGACAAAAGAAAUACCAGAUCAGUCUAAAGAGUAGUUCAGGACCUAUCCAUGUGCUGCUUAUUAAUAAAGACUCAAGUUCCCCCACGCCUGUGGUGUUUCCAGUUCCUCCUCCUGAUGACCUUGCACAGCCCCCAUCUCAGCCUGCAAUUCCAGUGACUCCCCCAAAACCUACUGCAUCUACUGAGAAUCCAUCAGAGCAGCAUGACAUUAACCAGGAGCAGCAUUUACCACAUACUCCAGUUACAGAUACACCAUCAGACAACAGUGUGCAAGAGAACAAUACAACUCCAGCAACUCCUUACUCUAGCCUUCCGGACUCCUUGCUGUAUACGAGCCUUGCAACAGAUGCAACACAAACUACUGCUAGCUCAAAUGACUAUCAGGCCUUGCUUCCCUUGGAUGUUAAUUGUAUUCUCAAGCCAAACUCAUUUGAUAUAGCAAAGAUGGAUGAGCCCACAGGAACUAUUAGUAGUGAUAUCAUUGAUGAAUUGAUGUCUUCAGAUGUUUUUCCUCUCUUACGACUCUCUCCUACUCCCGGAGAUGACUACAACUUUAACCUGGAUGAUAAUGAAGGAGUCUGUGAUCUUUUUGAUGUGCAGAUACUAAAUUAUUAGAUUCGGUGGGAACCAGACUGUCAUAUCUACCUCUAACUUUAUAACAUUCUAGACUUCUUCAUAACCUAAGUAUUUUAAAUAAUGAAUGUAUAACCUCUUAGUUCACUGACUCUGGGAGUGCAUUUCCUUUUGCUUCCUUACCUACUUCACAAAACACCUUAAAUUCAAAACAGAAGAAAGGGCUUUUAUCAAAAUGUUCUCUGGUAUUUUUUCACAAGUUACAUUAAUGUAACUCAGCUUUGAAAUCCCAAGUUCCCCCCCCCCCUCCCCAUCCCCUCCUUUUUCUUGCAGCCUUCUGGUUACUUACAAAAAAAAAACCCAAGGCUUGUCACUUAGCAGAAUUUUCUUUCUGAAGCUUUACUGCCAAGAAGCUUUCUGUAUGUUUUUAACCUUUCACUACAAUUUUUAAAAAGCGUUCACUGCCAAAUUUUAAGUGAAGGACAUUAAAUGGGUUAUGUUAAAUUGUUUCAGUGAACCAAUUUUGUGAAGUGCCUUCUGUUUUAGCACUUUAAGUUUCUCACAUUUUGACUUCUGACAUUCCACUUUCCUAGAUUAUAGGAAAGGUCUGUUUGUAGUUUGUAUUAAAGUGUGCCAAUGCUUGUAUAUUAACAAGAUUUUUUUAAUAAAACUGUACAAACCGA